AUUCAGCGUCCGGGAUACAAACACGGAAAUAAACAGUGUAGACGUCAACAUCGCAGGUUCUUACCAGCGUUUGUUACACUGAAAUUGGAGCUUUUUUAAUUAAAAUCCUACCCAAAUUAAUCACCGCUUUUUUUUCUUUAUCGUUCUAUGGAUUUUCUGCAGCUGUUAUCAUGGGCGUGCAUCGUGUUUACCAUCGGCAUGUUCUCAACUGGACUGAGCGAUUUGAAGAAAAUGAAAGCCACACAGAGUGCAGAUAGCGUCCAGUUCCUACCAUUUCUAACCACAUUCUUAAAUAAUCUAGGCUGGCUGUACUAUGGGGUGCUGAUAAAAGAUUUCACGGUGAUGCUUGUUAAUUCUAUUGGAGCCUCUCUGCAGUGUCUGUAUAUUAUCACCUACUUCCAUUAUGCCAAAGAGAAGAGGAAUGUGUAUUUGCAGACUCUGGGUAUGGGGUGUGUGUUGUGUGUGUCAUGGGUGUAUUUCAGCAUGAUCGUACCUCCAGGAAGCACUCAGCUUUCUCAGCUCGGCCUUGCCUGCAGCGUCGUCACCAUCACCAUGUACCUGUCGCCGCUCGCUGACCUGCUGGAGAUCAUACGCACUCGUUCUGUAGAGCGCUUGUCCUUCUCCCUCACAGUCGCCACCUUAUUAACAUCCACCUCCUGGGCUCUGUAUGGCCUUCAGCUAGGGGAUUACUACAUUAUGGUCCCCAACACACCAGGUAUUGCAACAAGCCUCAUCCGUUUCCUCCUCUUCUGGCUAUUCGGCUCUACUAGUCAAGACAAGCCAUCUUAUAAAUCCCUCUUGAUCUGAGCAGAUCUAAUUAAUUCACCAAGUGCCUUAGCUAUGUUCCCUUAGCCAAUCUAAACCAAAUCCCCUGUCACCUCUUCCACCACACCCUGGUCCUUAUACUAUCGAAGGCGGUAUCGUCGCUUAUCGGCGCUGUCCGUAGAUGCCGCCUGCCACCUAAAUAAAACUUAUCACUGCCUCAAACAAUCCGGAGAGAAGAUCCUCAGAAUCUGCUCAGCGGUUACGAUCGUCACCGUGAUCGUCACUGUGAGUUUAAAAUGAAAAGUUCAGCCACAAGCUUCUUCACACAGCCCUCAAAUGCUUGGGGGUGUUUGUAUGAACCGUGACCCCAAUUUAAAAAAAACAAGGAAAUUUCCUCAAGCCUCACAGUAGGUGGAAUGAUACGGAAAUUUAACACGACACCUCCAGCUCGCGAGCAGAUACAAUGAAAUGUCGUCUCAUCUGCAAAUUAGAUUCGGACAACCUGAAGCGUAAUGCUUAGCUAUUGUUUUAUACAAACAUGUCUUUUGAUCUGUCAUUUAUUUCUGUCGUCUAGCACGAUUCACCAUUUGUUGUCCAUUAAGUCUGUUGAUGUGGCGUAUGUAUGUUCUGAACAUAUAGAAUGUAAAAGUUCACUCAGGAUCAGACAGACAACUAUUAAAUCUCAUGCUUGGCA